CGUGCGGAGGCGGGACUUCCGGCGAGUUUUGUGCUUCCGGAGGCCAAGCCGAAAGCGGAAGUUCUGUUAGAUCUCGGCGCGUCCACCUCGAGGAAGAGAAAGAAGCCCGAGCAAGCGGCCCCUGUUACCGGAUCCCGGCCCCCGGCACUGACGAACCCCGCUCCUGCUCCCGGCUCAGGCCCCAGCGCAUCCCAACCGUCGCCAUGGCGAUGCAAGCGGCUAAACGCGCGAACAUCCGGCUCCCGCCCGAGGUGAACCGCAUCCUCUACAUCCGCAACCUUCCCUACAAGAUCACGGCCGAGGAGAUGUAUGACAUCUUCGGCAAGUACGGGCCCAUCCGCCAGAUCCGCGUCGGGAACACCCCGGAAACCCGCGGCACGGCCUACGUGGUCUAUGAGGACAUCUUUGACGCCAAGAACGCCUGCGACCAUCUGUCCGGCUUCAACGUGUGCAACCGCUACCUGGUGGUGCUCUACUACAAUGCCAACCGGGCUUUCCAGAAGAUGGACACGAAGAAGAAGGAGGAGCAGCUGAAGCUGCUGAAGGAGAAAUAUGGCAUCAACACGGACCCCCCCAAGUGAGGGUUCUGCCAAUUGGGUGGUUCAUCUCCCUCAGCCCUCAGAGCUUCGAUGGCACAGGAAACUUUGGCUUUUGACUCCUCCAUUCCCGGGGGCUUCACGAUGACCUUGACCCUUGCCCGACCUAGCCUGGUGGCUGCCAUUUGGACACUUGUGGCCAGCUGUGCUGGAUCAGCGGCUCAGUGACUGGGCCCCAAGGGAGAACAUUCUCACAUCUGACUGGUGUUUCCCAAAGUUGCUCUUUGUUCCCUGGGUGCAGAAGAAGGGUUGGCAAAUAAAGGUGUGGGUAAUGGCUCUGGGCAGUCUCUGCUGCUCAUCUCUGCCCAUGGUCGCCAUUCUCCAUGCCUUGACCCUAGUACUGGCCUGGGAUGCUAUGAGCCUCAUUGGGAAUUUGCUCCUCUGUGAAAUGGGCAGUUAUAGCAUUGCUCAUCUCCAUGCUUUUGGAUUUGUGUGAACAUCAGCCCCUUGUGUGGGUCCUGCCUUGACCCCCCCUCCCCCAAUAAGUACCGCUUAGUGGAUAGAGGGCUGGCUCUGUGAGGGCAGCACUUGCCAGUGACUGGCGGCAUCUACCCCCAGUUCAUGGGCAAAGGCAUCUUCCAAAGGAUCCCUUAUUCCCGUGCCACUCAACAAGAUGGGGCUGGGGUCCUAGAAGAGGGGUCCCCUUACCUGAGGCAUAGUUCACCCCGGGGCCAAGAGGGGCCCUUCCCAAAAGAGCCUGGUCUCCAGCCAGGCUCCAGGCAUCCUAGUUGUCAUCAGUGUGGCCCAGGCCUUCCAAGGACAGGAAGUGACUAGUCCUGUUUUGGGCUCCAAGAACAAAGAAAGGGACUCAAGGGGAAAAAUGGAGCAAACUGGGUGCAGAAAUAGGGCCCGAGAGGGUGGGAGGGCAGCCGUGCAGGAGCUGAAAUGCUGCUGCUGCUCUGCCAUGCCCGGGGCAAACUUUCCAGGUGGUUGCCACUAGUGGCCUGAGCUGCUGAAUGCACUGUCUUUCCACCUUGAGCAGCUGAUCUGCUUUUCUUCUUGAAAGGACUUGGUAGAUGGGAGGGACUGUUUCUUUGUAUCCCAGCAGUUAAUGUUGUACCUGAAAACGUAGGUGUCUAAUAAAUCCUUCAGAAAUGAA